CAGUGGAAUGUGAAACCAAAUCAUUUACAAGUUAAAGAUAGACACAGAAUACACAGCAUGUUGAGCCAGGAUUAAACUUAUCCCUCUUUGCCUAGCUUCUCACAGAGUUCUGUUUUGUCAGCGUUCCUCUGUCCACAUUAAGGACUUUGUUAGUACUCCUUUAAAUAUAAAAUAACUCUGGAUUCGUUAAAAUUACUAAGGUGGCAUAGGAAAUCAUGGUGCACACUGAAGGAAAAAGAGGAAAUACUUCUACACAAAACCUUUCCUUCACAGUCAUUUUCUGUUGAUACAGAAUGAUUGAAGAUUGUGGGAAAAGAGGAAAUACCAUGGCAGAAAGAAGGCAGCUGUUUGCAGAAAUGCGGGCUCAAGAUCUGGAUCGCAUCCGUUUAUCCACCUACAGAACAGCAUGCAAGCUUAGAUUUGUACAGAAGAAAUGCAACUUACAUCUGGUGGACAUUUGGAACAUUAUAGAAGCAUUGCGAGAAAAUGCAUUAAACAACUUGGACCCAAACAUAGAAUUGAAUGUGGCUCGUCUGGAAGCUGUGCUUUCAACUAUUUUUUACCAGCUCAACAAACGGAUGCCAACUACUCACCAGAUCAAUGUAGAGCAAUCCAUCAGCUUACUGCUCAACUUCCUGCUAGCAGCCUUCGAUCCGGAAGGACAUGGUAAAAUUUCAGUUUUUGCUGUCAAAAUGGCUUUGGCAACUCUUUGUGGAGGAAAGAUCAUGGACAAAUUAAGAUAUAUUUUCUCAAUGAUUUCAGACUCUGGUGGCAUGAUGGUUUAUGGAAGGUAUGAUAUGUUUCUACGGGAGGUUCUCAAACUUCCUACUGCAGUUUUCGAAGGGCCUUCAUUUGGUUACACGGAACAAUCAGCAAAAUCCUGUUUCUCUCAACAGAAAAAAGUCACAUUAAAUGCUUUCUUGGAUACUCUCAUGUCUGACCCCCCGCCACAGUGUCUGGUCUGGUUACCACUUCUGCAUCGACUGGCAAAUGUUGAAAAUGUCUUCCACCCUGUUGAGUGUUCCUACUGCCACAGUGAGAGCAUGAUGGGAUUUCGCUAUCGCUGCCAGCAGUGUCACAAUUACCAGCUCUGUCAGGACUGCUUCUGGAGGGGACAUGCCAGUGGUUCCCAUAGCAACCAGCACCAAAUGAAAGAAUACACAUCGUGGAAAUCACCUGCUAAGAAGCUAACUAAUGCACUUAGCAAGUCUUUAAGCUGUGCUUCCAGCCGUGAACCUUUACACCCAAUGUUCCCUGAUCAGCCUGAAAAACCUCUAAACCUGGCUCAUAUUGUAGAUACGUGGCCUCCCAGACCUGUAACCAGCAUGAAUGAUACACUGUUCUCUCACUCGGUUCCCUCAGGAAAUGCUUUCACAAACAGAAGGUUACUUGAGGGUAUAAAUAUAGCCAGUCCUGUAGCUGAUGAGCAUUCUCUUAUAAAGCUGUAUGUAAAUCAGCUUCACAACAAUUCACGCUCUCCUUACAAGAAUAAUGAAGUAGAGCAGAACAAAUUGCUGGCUAGGGCUGCUCCAGCUUUCUUGAAAGGCAAAGGGUUACAGUACAGCCUCGAUGUUGCAGACAGGCUGGCCGAUGAACAUGUACUCAUCGGGUUGUAUGUCAACAUGCUCCAGAGCAACCCCUCACGCAUGCUUGACAGUGCGAGCCGUCUAGAUGAAGAGCACAGGCUGAUCGCCAGGUAUGCAGCGAGACUGGCAGCAGAGACGUCUGCAUCACAGCAACAGCAGCAGCAACAGCAGCAGGGUCAGCAGAGAGGUGCCUCAGAUAUCUCUUUCACCAUUGAUGCAAAUAAGCAACAAAGGCAGCUGAUUGCAGAACUUGAAAACAAGAACCGAGAAAUUUUACAGGAGAUUCAGAGGCUGCGGCUUGAACAUGAGCAGGCAUCUCAGCCCACGCCAGAGAAGGCACAACAGAACCCCACUCUCCUUGCAGAGCUCCGACUCCUGAGACAGCGAAAGGAUGAACUUGAACAGAGGAUGUCUGCUCUUCAGGAAAGCCGGAGAGAGCUGAUGGUACAGUUAGAAGGUCUCAUGAAACUGCUGAAGGAAGAAGAACUGAAACAGGGAACUCAAGGGGCAGGCUCCCCUCGUUCUUCACCCAGUCACACUAUCAGCCGGCCUAUUCCUAUGCCCAUCAGGUCUGCGUCUGCCUGCUCCACCCCAACCCAUACACCUCAGGACUCUCUGACAGGCGUGGGAGGAGAUGUGCAGGAAGCUUUUGCACAAAGUGCAAGGCGAAACUUAAGAAAUGAUUUGCUAGUGGCAGCAGAUUCAAUUACCAAUACUAUGUCUUCUCUGGUGAAAGAGCUAAACUCAGAGAUGGGCAGCGAGACAGAGAGCAAUGUGGAUUCUGAGUUUGGACGGACUCAUUUUGAUGAUCUUGUUCCAUCACCAACUUCUGAAAAGGCUUUCCUUGCACAAAUUCAUGCCCGGAAGCCAGGGUAUAUUCACAGUGCAUCUGCCACUGGCACCCUUCGCAGUGACAUGGUUACAGAAGAUGGAGACCCCUAUGUUAGAGCAGAUGAUGAGAACUAUGAAAAUGACUCUGUCCGCCAGCUGGAAAAUGAACUCAAAAUGGAAGAAUAUCUGAAACAAAAGCUGCAAGAUGAAGCCUACCAGCAGGCAAGCUACAAUCAGAGAGACAACGAAAGCUAUGUAAGAACUGAUGAGGAGGAGAGCUGCAUUCGAACAGAUGAUGAAGAAAAUCUGGCUGCAAACUUCACAGAAGAAUGGAACCAACAAGUGCAGCAUCUCUUGACAAAAAAAUCAAAUGACUAACAAAGUUCCGAGGACUGUAGCACAGUACUUUUGUUCUAAAAGUUGUAGUUUGUAGGUGUGUGUUUUGAGAAAAAGACUUUUGUUUAAAGCUAACUUAUAUUAGCUACAUAUUCUGUAACAUGGCUCAUUACCGAUGAAGAAAGCAGGCUGAAAUGUGCACUGCUGUUACAAAUAAUAGCAGUAUCCACAAAACAUGUAAACCCUUUGCACAUGAUGUUGAACCUGUUCAGUUUACAAUUACAAUAUUAAUACUGUUUAUAGAUUGCAAUUUGAUUUCUGAAUACUUCAAGAUUUUAGUAGAACAGUUUACUAUACACUGUACAUUUUUCUUUCACAAAAGAAAUAAAAAAGCUACAAUUAUGCAUUUAACAGUGAAUAAUUAUAAUCCUGAGUGUAUAUAUUUAGUAGCCCAAAAGCAAAGUACCACACUAUGUUUGCAAUUUGUUUAAAAGUCUUUAACAUAAAAGACUUGCACAAAAUGCACUAUCCCCUCCCCCCCUCGAAAUUUAGGGCUAACAUGUAAUUUAGGAAUGUUUUCUUUCAAAGUAAUCGAACAAAUCAGCCAUAGAAGUUAGUGUAAAUACUUUUUUCCAAAUAGAUAUCAUAUACAAAAGGCAACAUUCAAAUUAUAUAGAAUCUAGUUUUUAAAUCAGCACAGAUCUUCUUAAAACUGUGAACUAUGUUUUGAAAUACUCGUUACUAAAGCUGUUUAUAAACCACAGGUGCCAUAAGAUCCCUCAACUGACUGAAGUCAUGAUUAAUCUUCCAUGGUAUUGUUUCAUUGAUGUUUUAGCUUUAGUAAACAUGUGUUCAACAAAUCGGCUCUUUCUAUUUUUUCCCCACUCCAUCAUGUUAUUUUUGAGGCCUUCAGCUUUAAAUAUCUAGGCUUAAAGUGUGCUUGCAACUGUUUCCUUUCAUUUCCAAAUGUGUAUUGCCUUAGCCAUCCACCAGAUGUUCUGCAUGCGUUCUUGGAAAUGUGUAGUGAGACUUACAGAGCUGAAUGGAGACAUAGCAAUCAGUGAAAUGCACAAGGAAAAUAGAGCUGUUGUUUUCGAAAGACUAGGCAUAGGGUUAUGGAAUUAUUGUCUCUUCUAGUAACUCUUAACUGUUUAUCUUACUCAUGGGAGAAUUAUGAGAGAAAGUGGGCCUUUUCCAUCCUGCAGGAUAACAAAAUGAACAUGUUAGCUGUUGAGUACUUGCCUUGCCAUUAUUGUUAUCCUACAUGUUGUUCUGGUCAGAAUUUGAAGUGAAAUAGCUGGCAAUAUCUCACACACAGGAUAUUACUUAAGAAUGUAGUGACAAUGUCCAGCAGCCCUAAAAAUUCUAGGGUUUCAUACAAAUAGGGCCGCACCUGGAACCGACUGCCUUCACUGAGUGAUCAGGUACUGAUGUGAAACAGGCUGCAGCAAGUCUGUCUAACCUCUGUUUCAUGAUAACAUUUUAGGAUGUGUCCUGGAUUGCUCCAUAGCUUGUCCCAAUAAAUUCACUCACCGUGUGUACACACUCCUUAGUCUUGUGACUAUUUCACUGAGAUUGAGUGCUAGGUAUAGAACAUCUGUCAGAAAGAGUUACUCCUGGUUUGUUUGUUUUUUACUUUCAUACAGUGUGAGUGCUUAUGCAGACCUUUUGCUCACAUCUUCUGGUAUAUCUGACCGUGGCCUCAGAUAGCCAAACUGAUACUUCAUUUAGACUUCCCCCACUCCUCCCAAUCACACGUCAUUGCUCUUGUGGUAUAUGCCAGACUAAAAAGGUAGGCACCAUACCUAUGCUGGCAUACACCUGCUACGGCCUCUUCUCAGGAAUGUACCUAGUACCUAGCACUCAACACUGAAAACUACUGCGGUGAAGUUACGGCCAAUGUUGUCAUUUUAGGAUUAUAGUCAAACAUUUCCUGAAUACAAAGUGAGCUAACAGAAAACUACAUGCCAUGACUGACUCAUUCAACAUUUAACUGCCUCUGGAUUAACAGCUACCUUACAUAACUCUCAUGUCUAUGGACACAUCGUUAUGCUGAAAGUAAGUGCAAUAGCAUAAAUCCAUUGCCAGGGAUCCAGGAUUACAAACCAAGCAGCUUUCUCUCAGCCUGGUGUUCGCAAGGCAAUCCCAAACAGAGUUCUAGGUGACCUCUUCUACUUUAGAACCCUGAGAUGAAGCACUUUUUAUUUGGCUCUCCAAAUCUCUAAUUUAAGCUUUUUUGUUUCCAAUGGUAAAGCUGGCUACGUUUCAGCCCAGCUGGUCUUUGAUUAUUUGUCAGGUAUUAUAUUGGUUCUGGUGUAUGGUCAUUAAACAAACUUAAAUUAAAUUAAUGGAGAUUGCCUAUCUCCUAGAACUGGAAGGGACCUUGAAAGAUCAUUGAAUCCAGUCCCCUGCCUUGCAGGACCAAGUACCAUCCCUGACAAAUUUUUGUUUCAAAUGGCCUCUGCAAGGAUUGAACUCACAACUCUGGGUUUAGCAGGCCAAUGUUCAGGUACCAUUGAGCUAUCCCUCCCCCCAAAAGCAAACUUCCAGAAAUGGUCCCCAAUACAGGCCUUUUCUAAUUACAAAAGGCCAACUACAGUAGUCAAUAUUCCCUGAGUGGUUGACUGGAAUGGAAGGACUACUCAGUAGUUUACAAUCAGGAAACAGGGAUGUGGAGACAAAUAGGGUUCUUGAAUGUUGAAAGUUGAAGAGGAGAAUAGGUUAUCUGUACGUAGUAAUGUUAACUAGCCUGCAUAAUACGGUGUGUGGCCUUUGUUGUGAUAUAAUAUGUAUUUUCUUAUAUGCAUGAGCCAAAUUGUUGAAUCAUUAUUUAGCACAGGUGUCUGCCUUUACUUUUAGUCAUCUUCACCCAUCUUUAUUAGUUCUUGGCAGUUAUUGUAGAUAGACCUUGUAAAUAUUGCAACCUCAGGUUGCUGCAAUCACAUUGGUUCAAUUCAGCAGAAGGAGCCAUGAACAACAAGCACUCCACUGUGUCCUAAAGCGAGAGGGCAUUUUUAUCUUUGAACCAAAAAAUGUAUGAAGAGUUAAAUCUUGAGGCUAACAACUGUAAGAUGUUUUUAAACUACUGUACUUGACACCACUUGAGACAGAUAUAGAGACACUAAUGAUUUCACACUAUUCAUUCAUAUUGUAACAGAACUACUAUUGUAUGGGUUUUUUGUAUUGCUGUUAUGUAUUGUUUUGUGUAUGUGUGUGUUGGAACCUACUGGGGACAUGUUAUAUUUUGAAGUGAUUAAUCUAUUUAAUUGUGUGUCUAUAUUUUGGAAUGGAAUUAUUUCUUCAUUAAAAAGGAUUU